AUGCACGAGGUAAUUCAUCUAUCACUAUCUCCCAUAUCCAAUCACCUCAAUUCUCAUUUCUAUAAUGCGCAGGAGUCGUAUUUUGUUUACUCGGAUUCUGAGGUAGCAGAUUCCAAAGUAGAUCCCACUGUGCGGUUUCAGCAAGGCAUUGGAUACACCCCUCGAGCUUUGGUUUGGGAUUUCCAGGGUGGAUUUGGCGCAUUGAAACAAUAUUCCGGUGCUUAUUCGGACAACAAUAGUUCUAUUCCAAGUCGAGAUAUUUGGGAAGGUGGUGAGCCGGAUAGAAUCGCCCGGAAACAAGUAACGACUAGCGAAUAUCAGAAAUCACUCGACUCAGGAAACUUGACCGAUCCAAAACUAAAUAAAACCAAUACCUUGUAUUGGUCUGAUUAUAUUCGAGUUGAUUAUCAUCCCAAGUCGAAACUAGUCUUAAAAGACUGGGAAUAUGAUCCAAUACGAUAUCCCAAGGGCCGUCCAAGAGGGAGCGGAGAGUCUGAUCCGACACCAUCAUCUCCCACAUCUGCAUCUACUGCUUCCUUCAACGGCUAUGAUAUUGGUAUCAGCCAAUGGAACCAGAUUCAAGCUGAAAAUGAUAAGGAAUAUCUUGAUAGAUCAUUUAGACCAAUUCUUGAGCAAUGUGAUUCUCUGGAUGGCCUAGUGAUUUCUACGGAUGUAGAUUCAGCCUGGGGUGGUUUUACUGAAUGCAUGCUAUCUGACAUCAUAGACGAUUAUUGUCCCAAAGUACCCCGCUUUGUAUGGGGACUGUAUGAUCAAGAUUUAAAUGGCAAGAAGCUUAGCAUAUAUGAUACCAUGUCAAGAAUAAAGUCCACUGCAGGGUUAAUAGAAAAUAGCACCUUGUUUGUACCGCUUUCACUACCAAAACUAGAUCAAUUUCCUGCGGAGUUGUCAAAACAAAUAGGACUACCUCUUACUACUUGGCAGAAAACAGCACUUUAUAAUAUGGUUUACGAGCCAAUGUCGGUACUUUCAAGUCUGCGGGGCAAUUCGCGCGUCUCUAUGUCGACACUAGCAAACUCGCUCACUAAUGGUGCAGAGGAACGGAAAGUAGUUACUGCUGUUUCUGCCACUUCAAGCCUACCGUUGAUUGACUUUUCAACUGUACUUACCAUGCCUUCUUUGACUCCUCGAAAAAAAGUGCGUGCUGCUCGCUACUUCUCAAAGUAUGCUGUUGUAAGAUUGCCAAAGCCCACUCCAUCUCUCAAACCUGCAGUCAACAAUUACGGGAUUGUGGAUCUUAAAUCAGGUGCUUCACCUUGGGACUUUGUAGACCAAGUUGCUAAAAUUGAUUCGAAUAGAACUGACCUUCUGGAGAAAUACUUCGAUAAGCAGCAGUUGCUUGAUCAGGGUACUUUAGAACGAAACCUUUCAGAAUUGAAACAAGAAGACUUUCAAUUUGCACAACCAUCAUCAUUUCCUUCCGGUAUAAUUACUGGUACCGACUCUUUAUACUCAAGCUUUUCCAUCACCACUGAAGCUGGUUCGACUCUUACAGAUAUGGCCAACUUUGUGUCGCGCUUCGACCGAGGUAGUGACGAGCGCGAGCAACUUAAGGACACGCUAAGUACAAUGUCUGAGGGAUAUUCAUGGGGCUAUGAAUUUGACUCUGAUACUUCUGACGACUAG